UGACCACCUCUCCAUCUCUCUCUCUCUCCCUCUAAUGCUCAUCACUCUUCUUCUAAUUCUCCGAUGAAUCUUUCUCUUCUUCUUCUUCCGAAACCCUAAGAUCGAUUCCGAAGCGAAUUCGGAUUCUCGAUGGAGAUGAUAGAGGAGGCGCUCCAUUUUCUUGUGCCGACGUGGUGGGAAGUGGAGAUCAGCGUCGCGGUUGCGGUUUUUGUGAUUAUUACGUACUGGUUUUUCACGUACGGGAAUGGGGAGAUAGACGAGAGUCAGGCAACUGGAGAGGGCCUGAUUGGUGCCGGAGAUUUGAUCGAUGAUAAUGUCAAGAUGGGCCAGCUGAAGGGAGAUCCUCAAACCAAUUCUGCAUAUGUUAUCAAGUUAGAAUUGUUGGCAGCUAAGAAUCUUAUUGGUGCAAACUUGAAUGGCAUGUCUGAUCCUUAUGCUAUAAUCACUUGUGGUGAGGAAAAGCGAUUCAGUUCAAUGGUUCCUGGUUCAAGAAAUCCUAUGUGGGGAGAGGAGUUCAAUUUUUCUGUUGAUGACCUUCCUGUUAAGAUUAAUGUGACAAUAUAUGAUUGGGAUAUAAUUUGGAAAAGUACAAUUCUUGGUUCAGUGACUGUUCCAGUUGAAACUGAAGGUCAAACUGGUGCAGUGUGGUAUUCAUUAGAUAGCACAUCAGGACAAGUUUGUCUCCAUAUUAAAACAAUAAAACUUCCUGUAAAUUCUUCCAGGGUUUUGAAUGGCUAUUCUGGAGCUAACACUCGAAGAAGAAUGUCUUCAGAUAAACAAGGGCCCACUCUGGUUCAUCAAAAACCUGGGCCUCUGCAAACGAUAUUUAACCUCCAUCCAGAUGAGGUUGUUGAACAUAGCUAUUCAUGUGCCCUUGAAAGAUCUUUCUUGUAUCAUGGUCGUAUGUACGUCUCUGGAUGGCACAUUUGCUUCCAUUCUAAUGUAUUUUCUAAGCAAAUGAAGGUGAUUAUACCAUUUCAAGAUAUAGAUGAGAUAAAGAGGAGUCAGCAUGCAUUCAUUAAUCCUGCUAUUACAAUUAUUCUUCGCAUGGGUGCUGGUGGGCAUGGUGCCCCUUUGGGAAGUCCUGAUGGUAGGGUCAGAUAUAAAUUUGCAUCAUUUUGGAACAGAAAUCAUGCAUUAAGAACUUUACAGCGCUUUGCAAAGAACUUCCAUACAAUGUUAGAAGCAGAAAAGAAGGAGAACGCAGAGUCGGAACUGCGUGCACAUAGCAGCUCUAUCAAAGGUAGAAGCCAGGCAAAGAUUUCUGAAGAUAGCUUGCCUACAGCCAUAGAGUUCCAACCCUUUGUCAAAGAAGAAGCUCUAAGUAGUAUAUAUAAUGAUGCUUUCCCUUGUACAGCUGAGCAGUUCUUCAAUAUAUUGUUGCAUGAUGAUUCAAAUUAUAUAAAUGAGUAUCGUCUAGCACGAAAGGAUGCUAAUCUUGUUGUGGGACAGUGGCAUGCCACAGAUGAAUAUGAUGGCCAAGUGCGAGAGAUAACAUUCAGAUCCCUGUGUACCAGUCCCAUGUGCCCCCCAGACACAGCCAUGACAGAGUAUCAGCAUGCUGUUCUGUCCCCAGAUAAGAAAGUUUUGGUAUUUGAGACUGUGCAACAAGCUCAUGAUGUUCCAUUCGGGUCCCAUUUUGAGGUUCACUGCAAGUGGAGAUUGGAGACCAAUUCUGAAUCCUCGUGUACAAUGGAAAUAAAAGCUGGUGCACAUUUUAAGAAAUGGUGUGUGAUGCAAUCCAAAAUCAGAUCGGGUGCAAUCAAUGAGUACAAGAAAGAGGUGGAGACGAUGCUGGAGGUGGCUCGCUCAUACAUCAAGUCAAAGACUUCCGGUGGUGAGAUCGAGGAUGCCCCAUCCUCUUCCUCCCCUGUAUUACAAGAUGCUCUAUAACUUUUCCAGUGAAAUUUCGGCUACCAUUUUCCCUGUUCCUUUUGUUGAUCUAUAUUAUAUGUGUAGAGUGACUGAGUUUCGUUUCGGUUCUUUCUUGUGGUUGAAUCAGUUAUGAACGUCGAUCUUUAUGCUCAAAAAUGUAAUUCCACCCUAUCUCCCCAUCAGAGGAGAACCAGUGGUGUGAAAGCUGUUGUAAUCUUUCACUUAUUUUUUGUACAAUUGUUAUCUAAAAAUAUACUUUGAGGAAGGUAUGAGGUAUAGAUAUUUUGGCACUUUUAGCCUUUGAUUCUUAGGGGCUAUAUUGGACAAAUGUCUACUAUGAAUAUGAUGUUCUCAAUAUGUUUCGUUUGUGA